GAAACAGACAUCGACACUAUGGCAGGACCUGCCGUAGGCAGCAACCCCGCCUCGGGUGGUAAAUGGGGAGGACGAGAUCCGGCUGUGGCGAUGCAGCGAGAGCAGAUGAACUUCCGAGUGGCCACCAACUAUGCUAUCUUCCUGGCCUCCAUCGUUGGCGUCUUCAUCAUUCUUCACUGGUCAAGGUACUUGGCCACCACAGCACAGCAGUCAGCCAAGGCCCCAUCAUUCCCGAGAUUCAUUUCUGUGCCCUUUAUCAGGGUGUCGAGGCUGUUGAGGAAUGUCCUUCUCAGGCAAGCCCCCGGCUUCCACUCAUCAGGGCAUGGCGUUCUCGUCGCAAUCUAUGUGGCCGUCAACGUGGCCAUGAUCUUCACAAACCUUGACAUGAGCAAGAACUCCAACAUUGCUGCAAGGUUCGGCUGGUUGGCCACAACUAACCUGGCCUUUGUCGUCUUUUUGGCCUUGAAGAACACGCCGCUGGCCAUCCUCACAUCCUACUCGUACGAGCGGCUCAACAACCUACACCAGAUCGCCGGCUGCACGACCUUUUUGAUGCUGGUCAUGCACGCGUCGCUCUACACACAGUACUUUGCCGCCAUGGGCAGGUGGGACAAGCUGCAGGAGCACGAGCAGAUCGCCGGCAUCGUCUCGGCGUUUGCCUUCCUCGUCCUAGUGGCGACGGCGCUGCUGGUGAGGCGGUUCUGUUACGAGGUCUUUUACGUGGCGCACCUGGCGUCGUUUGUCACGGCCAUCGUGGCUAUGGCCUUCCACCGGCCCGAGUUCGAGCACAAGACGGCCAUCAUCGCGUGCGUGGCCGGCGGCCUGUGGGUGCUGGACCGCGCCGUCCGCAUGGCGUGGCUGGCCGUCAAUGGCGUCAACAACGAGGCCACCGUGUACCCGCUCGCCGGCGGCGGCACGCGCAUCAUCCUCGCCAAGCGGCCCGCCCGCGCAGUCCCGGGCAAGCACUGCUUCGUCUGGAUCCCCUCGGUCCGCCGUUUCGAGACGCACCCCUUCACCGUCAUCGACACGGCGCCCAUGGAGUUCGUCGUCAAGACGAACAACGGCUUCACCCGCGACCUGCACAGGUUCGCCGUCGCCAACCCGGGCGCCACGGUGCGCGCCUCGGUCGACGGGCCCUACGGCACCUUCCCGGACCCCAUGCUGUACGACCGCGUCGUCCUGAUCGCCGGCGGCAGCGGCGCCUCGUUCACCUUCGGGCUGGCCGUCAACCUGCUCGAGCGCAUGGGGCCCGAGUCGACCAAGAGCAUUACGUUUAUCUGGAUCGUGAGGAAGCAUGAAACACUCACCUGGUACGCCGAGCAUCUGAGGACGCUGCACGAUCACCCCAACUCGCCAAAAUGCAAAAUCUCCCUGUUCGCCACGCGGGCGACCCAAACGUCUAGCUCGUCCUCGGACGAGGCGGCCGAGACGCCCCGGCUCCGAACAUCAGGCAUCGACAACAGCUCGACUGAGCGGUCGCCAGCGUCGCCGGACCUGGAGAAGGUGCUGCGGGAGGCGCUGCCGGCACCAGCGGACGACUACGACGAGAAGAAGGUCGAGGUGCACGAGACGCACAGCGAGGCGCGCAUCGUCGACGACGACAAGGAGACCGGGACGACGGCGGCAGCGGCGGGCACGGACAUGGAGGCGGCGUCGCAGAGCGGGGCCAGCGCGUCCACGGCGGCGGCGCUGCCGCUGCGGCACGCCGUGACGGCGGGCCGGCCCGACGCGAGCCAGGUGAUCCGCGCCGCCGUGGCCGAGACGCCGGCGCACCAGCGCGUGCUCGUCGCGGUGUGCGGGCCCGGCAGCCUCGUCAAGGUGGUGCGCGACACGACGGCCGCGUGCAUCCGCGGCGACGGGCCCGGCAUCGAGCUGCACUGCGAGAAGUUUGGUUGGUGAGGGAUGGUUCAAUGUUUUAUCAUGUCGGCUCUCUCUCUCUCUCUCUCACUCUCUCUCUCUCUCUCUCUCUCUCUCUCCC